AUGAUCAACCACGAACUAUUAUAGGAUCCUUUCGAUUUCAUGAUAGACCACUUCCUAUAACCAACGAAGAAGUGGCAUGAAGCUUUCAAUGAAUCAGACUUAUUUUAAAAUUUGAAUGAGCAAUAUGAGGAAACCUUUAUGUACGAUUUAACUCCUAUCUAGUAAUGUGACUAUUUCCAUAACGUUCCUGUCGAUCUACAUUUUUCUGGAACAGAAUUAAAUAUGAAACCAAUAGCCCCAGAUGUUUUUGAUAAAAAUCAAUUAAAAUAACAAAUAGAGGAUCAUUAAAAUGCGAAAAUAAUAUUUGAUGCUUAAGAUCUCAAGAUAACAAUAGAAAUUGGAGGAGAAAAGUAAGAACCAGCCAUUGACAAAAAGAUUAGUAUUCAUUUAGCACAAGCUAAUAAAUCGAAAUCUCUUUCUCCCAGUAAGUCAACAAUAGAGUUUCAAAAUUAGGGAAUACAAGCAAACAAUACAAUGAUUCUAUCUGAAGAAAGUCAAAAUUCUAAGAGUUCAAAUAAAAUUGAUAAUAGGUAAAAAAUAAAAAGAUUUAGCAAAUAAAAUGAUAUUGAAAUCGAAAAAAUUGAUACUCAAAUAUUAGAAUAGCAAAUAAGGUAAAAAUUUUGCUAGUCAUUCAAACUUUAAACAUCAAUAAGAAUAUUGAAGAAUGAAAGACUUCACAACAUGUUAAAUAUUUGA